AUGAGCUCGACAGGCCCCAUGAGGGUCUCUCAGGCUUCGCCUUGCGACGAUAAGGAAACUCCCAAGACACGUUCUUUCUAUCUGCGGCCUUCACCGUUACCUUUGCAUCCCGACGAGCGUCCAUCCUCGACUCAAGGCUGCGUCUUGAAUCCACCGGUGACAGGUCCCCGCAGACUAUCACCCAUAAAGGCACAUCAACGGCCAAGCAUUACAGGCUCUGGGCGAAACAACCUAGGCUUUGUCUCAAUAACUGCACCUCCUCCUCAAAUGUUCACCACAGACUCGCCAACAAAGAAGUCUCCUACCCUUCCCCAUACGCCCUCCGCUACAUCUGUGCGACAGUCUGCUCUCUUCACAACAUUUUCUAGCCUAAAUCCAGACAAACAGCUUCGAAAUGAGAGCCAAUCUACUAGUCUGCCUCCCAGCGAUGGCCAUAUCGACUUCUCAAAACCCCCCCACGGUCCCAAGGCCCCGCCGAAAAGGCCUCUCCUGGAAGCGGCUCCGCUGAAAGAGAAAUCGACGAAAAAGCAAAAACGGGAAGAUACUCCCUCAAUUCGUCUACCUGAGCCCCAUGAAAUGCCGCCGAUUGAAGAUGACGGCACAAAACCUCCAUAUAGCUAUGCCACUCUGAUCGGAAUGUCAAUUUUGCGUGCACCUAAUAGACGCAUGACCCUGGCUCAAAUAUACAAGUGGAUAUCAGAUACAUUCUCAUACUACAAAAACAGUGACUCUGGCUGGCAGAACAGUAUCAGACACAAUCUGAGCCUGAACAAAGCGUUCGUCAAACAAGAGAGACCAAAAGACGACCCAGGGAAGGGCAAUUACUGGGCCAUAGAGCCAGGGAUGGAAGCACAGUUUCUCAAGGAUAAGCCUCUACGCCGUGCUACUAUGUCGAGCUUUCCGCUUCCGCCAGUUCCUCGCAAAGAUUCCACAUCGCAUUCACGGGAUACUAGCAGAGCUAUGUGGAUAGCCCCUCCAGCUUCUAGUUAUCCCUCAACAACUGCAAAAUCUACCAGAAAGGUGGAACUGUCCUCUGAUGCAACGCUUCCUGCUUCUGAUCCUGCUCUUCAGGAAGAUACAUGCGACGAAAGUAACAACGUUCUCACAUCCCAAGCUCCGCCCCCUCGUUCUUCUUCGCCUCAAGCUAUUCACUCAUCACCACCGGUUGCUCCCCCGCGUUUCAUACGCGAAGGCACUCCACCAACGCCAUCUCGCCGGACUGCACCGUCUGGUAUGAUGCCCGGUCCUAGAAAGCGAAAGCCAGCUAUCUUGAACGACAGUGGUUAUUUUUCUUCAUUAGACUCUUCGGCACGGAGAUCGAACAAGGGCGGGCACAUGUUGACUUCCGAUUUAAAUAUUGAGCCGCUCCGCAUAAAGCGUGGUCGUGCUGAGGAAGAGAUUGCCCGGAUUCGAAGCUCUUCUAACGACAUUAGUCCGGGCCAUUCUGGUAUCUUGAAAGACACUAGUCUGCUGGUGGGUUCUUCACCCUUCCGUGGAGAAUAUGUGAACAUGCUACCGCCUCCUCUUACUCCUGUAGUCAAGUUUAAAAAGCCAGCAAGGCCGCCACCAUCGGUAUCUCCUAAUACGAAUCUUCGAAACCACCGCAAGAAAAUCCAGCACAUGGUCAACUCUCCUAUUAAACAUUUGGGUCUAACUGAUGAGGAUUUGCCAUGGAGUCCUGCUUUCAAUAUUCAAGACGAAGAGUUCACCCCAAAUGAGAACUCUACCAGUUUUGACGUAUUCGCGGACUCUGCAGGAGAAAAUAUAUUUACUCCUGUAUAUGCUUCACCAGAGAAACGUUCCACUAAACGUCGACCAAACAGUGCAGCAGUUGGUAGCAAUAUACUUGCGGACAUUACAGCAGUGAAUGUGAACAGUCGAAUGAGUUUAUCUUCGUCGAACAAGUCAAAGGGUCUAGUCUUUCCCGAUUCACCUUCAAAAUUGCCGGAGGAAGGCCACUUUGUUGACGCUAGUAACGAUGAAUUCUUCUCAUUUCACCUCUUUGAUGAGAGCCCUGGUGAGGUUGACGGUGUCGAUCUUCUGCAAGGUUUUCAAAAGAUCGGAGGUACUAGCAAGGAUCAUCCAUCAAAUUCUAAGGGGCAUAUUUCUCGACCUCCCCUGAGUCAAAGGGGCAACGCUUCCCUUUUUUAA